GGCCUGUUGUUGUCGCUGAUGGAAUGGCAGGGCAGCUAUGUAUAAACUGGUACGGGUUGGAAGGAGAUUCUGCUACAAUCCAAGUUUAUGAAGAAACAGCUGGUUUGAUGGUGAAUGAUCCUGUUUUACGAACCCAUAAGGUAAUCAUUCUAUAUGGCUUUUGCAAAGUUUCCAUAAAAAAGACCCUGAAGACCAUUGCCAAACGAUCUGGGGAUGUGUAUAUACCUCGUGGUGUCUCUGUUCCAGCACUUGACAAAGACACACUCUGGGAGUUCCAGCCAAAAAAGAUAGGUGAGGGAGAUCUUCUAACAGGAGGAGACUUAUAUCUUGCCCAGCUUAGUUUUCUGAGCUUAAUUAGAAAAUUGCAUCAGUCAUUUCCAUUUUCUAAGCUUUGUCUGAGAUUGACUGUCUUUGAGAACAGUUUAAUGCAGCACCAUGUUGCACUUCCCCCUGAUUCUAUGGGAAAGAUAACCUACAUUGCACCAGCUGGUCAAUAUUCAUUGAAGGACACUGUUUUAGAGAUUGAGUUCCAAGGUGUCAAAAAGCAAUUCACUAUGCUUCAGAACUGGCCUGUGCGAACUCCAAGACCUGUGCAACAAAGCUUGCUGCUGAUACUCCUCUUCUUACUGGUCAGCGUGUACUUGAUGCACUCUUCCCUCUCGGUUCUUGGUGGGACAUGUGCCAUACCUGGUGCUUUUGGCUGUGGGAAAACAGUCAUUAGUCAAGCUCUUUCGAAGUACUCUAAUUCCGACACUGUUGUGUAUGUUGGUUGUGGAGAAAGAGGAAAUGAAAUGGCAGAGGUUCUUAUGGAUUUUCCACAAUUGACCAUGACACUACCUGAUGGUCGUGAGGAAUCUGUUAUGAAAGCACCACACUUGUGGCGACACUUCAAACAUGCCUGUGGCUGCUCG